UGGUGAAUGAACCUUUUUCGUUGAUAUUGCUUCUGAUGUGAAAGAAUAGUCGCCAUUUUAAAUUAAAACUUAGGCGCAGUUUUAAGUUGUGAAACAUUCUCUAGUGAUUCUGAUAGUGAUUGUAUCUGUGAUAUACUCUACUUAUAACUGAAACUUAUUUAAUUUUGCACAAAUGGGUCGCAAAAAGAAGAAGAUGUCCAAACCCUGGUGUUGGUACUGCAAUCGGGAAUUCGAAGACGAGAAGAUUUUGAUUCAACAUCAAAAAGCGAAACAUUUCAAGUGUCACAUAUGCCACAAGAAACUAUAUACAGGACCUGGAUUGUCGAUUCAUUGUAUGCAAGUGCAUAAGGAGACAAUUGAUAAAGUACCUAACUCUUUACCCUCCCGCUCUAAUAUUGAAAUCGAAAUCUAUGGAAUGGAAGGAAUACCUCCUGCAGAUUUGAAAGAACAUGAAAAACAACGGCAAGGUGGAAAUGACUCUGGAUCUGACGAUGAACCUACACCUAACAAAAAACUCAAACAGGACCAUCCAUUAGGUAAUGCCCAAGGUCCUCAUCCUCCAGGCAUGAUGCCCCCAGGUAUGAUGCCACCACCUGGAAUGCCUCCAGGAAUGCCUAUGAUGCCCAUGGGUUCACCGUUUAUGCAUCCGGGAAUGUCGUCAGGAAAUGAGCUUUUGUAUUACAGAAUGCAAAUGAUGCCGCCUCAUCACAUGAUGAUGCAAGGUCAACCAGGACCACCAAAACCGCUGUUUCCUAGUGCUGUACCAACCUCAUCAUCUGGUGGUGCUAUUGUAGGAGCGGAUUUUAAACCUAUUUCACAGGCUUCAUCUUUUACAGGUGCUACUAUUAGCGCACCUCCGACGACUAAUCAAGCGGCUGCUGGAUCGUCAUCAACCCCUGCUAGUGACAAGGUACCACUAAUAACGAAUACAGGCACCAGCAGUAAGAUCAUACACCCGGCAGAAGACAUUUCCUUGGAGGAAAUCCGGGCAAGACGUCUCAAGUAUACAAAAGUCACAGCCCCUAAGCCUGAAGAACAACAUGUACCUACAUCUAGUGCAGCUGCAACGAACUUAGCGAUAGCAGUUUCGGCUGCACAACAGGCGGCGGUGCAGCAAGCGAAACAGAUCGACGCCAUGAACCAUCAAGCUGCAAUGAUGCAACGUUUCGGCCAGCAAGUCAGAGUCUCCGGACCCCCCUUGGGGAUGUUACACGGAGGCCAACUAAUGUCCCAAAUGAGACCUCACAUGAUAACCGGCCCGCCCACUCUUAUCGGGGGCCAUCUGGUCAGGCCGCCCCCCCUCAGCAUGCCUCCAGGUAUGAUGGGUAUGCCUCCUGGAUUAGUUUAUGGUGGUCCUAUGUUCCCCACUGGUCCCGUUAUAAUGCAGCCAAGGUUCAGAUGAUCUCCAAUAUACCUGGUGUAUCAACCGCAAGUUUAAUGAUAACUUUUCCGAUUUUUUUUUUUUUUCUGAAGAUGAACAGAUUUAAAUAAGCGUAAUUCUUAAAACAUAAUCUCUUGAAUUCUUGCUACUUCUGAUAACAUUCAGAACAAUCCGUUAGGAGAUUUUGAGUUAUUGACAAUAUUUUAUUUUCGACAGGUUUAUUUAACACUAAAAUACCAGCUGAAAUGGUAUGUACAAUUAUUUUCCUUUUAAUCGGAAAAAGAGUACCCAAAAACCUGCAUUCUACAGGUUAGUGUUUUUUUAUUUUUACAUCAAUUUUUUUUUAAUUUGAAAUGUAAGUCACAAGGAAAUCAAUUAUCCUUGGAGUCGAAUUGUAGUCGAUGAAUUUUUUCGCUCAACUCACUUUGUACUGUAUAUUUACCAUCCAAUUUGUAAUUUUUUGUUUAGUUGAGCCCAUUUUAUUGACUUCACUUUGGCAUUGUGAUCUUUUUCAUAUUUAAGCGAUAGCAAAGAUAAGUAUAUGGACAUAUAUUCAGAUCCUAUGAUGCUUCCCUCCAAACUUUCAAAUAAUCUAACUUAGGAAAUUUUAUAUUGUACACUUCUUCAUUGAUUUCACUCAGGUUUGUACAUUCUUGUAUAUUUAUGGAUUUAAUUGUUGAGUUUUCGUGGAAGGUAAGCAAGUUAUUGGAAUUAGUGUUAAAUAUCGAUGUUUCCCUUGUGCUGCUGAUAUAAAUUAAUGUAUUUCUGAUAGAAAGGUAGGUCUCUAUAGACUUUAAAUUAUAACUAACUACCAAAACCAUUGAAUCGAUAGUAACGAAUUACUCUGUUUUUUUCAUAACCGACCUUCAUUAAAAUAUUUGUUUUUUUUUUUCGUAAAGGUUGCGAAAGCUUCUUUCUGUCUACUCUCCCACUGGUGUAUGGUUUACACGUGUUUCUUGCUUUCAUAUGGGCUGGAACAUAGAACACUUGAAAUGGAUAUCUUAGGAGAUUAUACAGUAGAUUUUUUUGAAGGGUGUACACUAACUUUCUCAACUUUGAUUCUGUGCGGAAAUCGCUUUAUCGAUUCUUCAAUUCUUGAAAGAAAUCUUCGUAUGGCAGUUUAGUAUAAACUCAUUGAUUUUUUCCACAAAAAAAAUAUAGUUUGUGUUUUUGUAUGUAACUUUGGAAAUGUUUUUCAAUUGUAUCUCCAUUAUUUCAAUCAAUUAAAAAAAAUUUUGAACUUUUACAUUCUGAUGAAAAAAUAGAUAAAAUCUAUUACGGAAAAAAUUAUUUAAUUAAAUUUGAAGGUUCAGAAUAUCAAUGAAUUGAAAUAUUACCAAAUUAGUAAGCCAUGAAUUGGCUUUAAGAAUUGUUUUAGAAAAAAUGGUAGUUCCAUUAUAAUGAAGAAAUGUUGAAAUUCAUCAUUGAAAUAAUUCAGAUAUGCUUAAAAAUCCUUUCAAUUUUCAAAGUAAUAUAAAACAAAAAUUAUAAAUUUUUGUGGAAAAAAAUCAGUGAUUUUAUUCUAAAUCGCCGAAUAAAUGUUUCUCCCAAAAAUUGCCCAUGAUCAAAAUGAAUCUGUACUGAAGAAUCUAGUGUGAAAGGUAGUAUACACCCUUGAUUUACUGUUUUAUCAAUCUCGAUUCUUGUUUUUUUUUGUUGAACGAAAUCAAUUGGUUACAGGCGACCUAGACUUGAAAGAUAGCAUAUCUUUGUGCCCGAUUUCAUAUUCAAACUAUACGGGUUGUCUAUCCAUCCCUUGUUUGAGAGUUAGUUGAGUGCCGAUUCAGCAUGGCCAACUUGAAUCUACUCUAUGGUUUCCUAAAACCUACAUGUCAAGUUUUGUUCAGCUAGCCUAUAAAACGUGCAUGGUAAUGAAAUGAUACCGUAAAUAAAUGAUAUAUCUGAUCACUUGGGUUUAUUAUUAGGGCAGGUGAUAACCGUCACAGUGAUGAAGAUUCACUGUUGGACUGAACCAACCCCCUGUCUUAUCUUAUAUCAUUACGAUCGUCUUAUUCCUAGCCAGGCAAUCUUAAACCAAAGCAAUAUAUAUAUUCAACAAUUUGUAUAAUAACCUGAUGACUAUAAUCUUGUAUUUUGUUGUUAACCUUUAUUUAUUUUGAUUUAAUGAUGUAAGAAAAAGACAGGUGAUUUUUCCUGUCACAGCAAACUUGUUAAAUCAAAAUGUAAUAAUUCUCAUGCUGUUGGGUCUUCAGUCCCCUGCCAGUCGAAUCAUGUGGCUUAAAACAGGCGAUUGUUUUGGUUUUUAUACCAAUUCAAUCACAGGAUUGAACGAUACCAUCCUGUUGGAACUAAUGUCCAAAUAAUUAUCGUAUAUUAUUUAAAUGUAAAUUAUAACUGUCCAUGUAUUUGGACAUUUGUUCCCUUGUUCUCAUUGCUGUAAAUGUAAGUAGAAAUGCAUAAUUAAUUAAUGUAUUCGAUAAUUGUUUGUAUAAAUAAAGAUUUAUUCGGAA